CUUAAGCAAUAAUGACGUUCCUGCUUACGUUACGUCGUUUACCAAGUGGCAGGCCCUGUUUUCGAUAACAGACAACACACAGCAGAGCAGUAGUCGACGACUGAUUGUUUGAUUUUCCAUGAAAUAAAACAUAUAUUUUUAUACCAAAAUAGUAAGCACUCGACUCUUUCAUAGUAUUAAGCCGAAGUGAAGACUAUUUGCUGUGCCGUUGGCAUCUGAUGCCCACAUUCUCGUGAGCGUUCAAUGUGCUAAUUUCGUCCCGAUUUUUCGUGCAGAAAUCCAGUUGUCAAAGCAAAGGCAAACGGCAAACGCAGAAGCAGCGGGAGAAGCAGCAGCAGCAGCAGCGGUGUCAAUUUGGAACAAGUGGGAGCCCCGAGCUGUUACACACACACACAGUUACUGCCACAGCCACACACAGUCGGCGGAAAAAGCAAAAAUAAUACGCGAAAAGCAAUAGACAGAACAUCAUGAACGCCAAAGCUGACGUCAACCGACGCGUUUUGACCAUUCAAGCGAAGAAGAAGCGUCAUAAGAACAACAAGAAGCGGGGCAAGCAGAACGGUGUGGUAGCUGGGAAUCCGUCACAGGAACCGCAGCAGCAGCAACAGCAGCAGAAUUCCCAGACUGAAAACUGUGCUACGGCAGCAGCACCAGAAAAUGCUAAUAAUAGCCCCAGUAAGCCCGAAGUGCAUCCGUCUGGCAGCGUUGGAAUCGCACCCGCCGCUGUCACCACAUCCUUUAGUAAGGCCACAGCAACGGGCACAUCCACGUCAAGCGGCGGGUCGGGCAGCACCCCCGAGACCCCCAACCACUAUCAGCCGCCGUCGCAAUUGCAAUCGCAAAUGCAAUCACAGUCGAAGAACAAGAAGAGCAAUCACAAUCAGCAGCAACAGCAAAAGCAGCAGCAGCAGCAGCCGCCGCGCAGCUCCUCGAACGAGUCGUACGAGUCGGAGCUGAACAGCGAGAACGAGGAGCAGGAGCUGAAGGAGGACUACUGCAAGGGUGGCUACCAUCCAGUCAACAUUGGUGACCUCUUUCAGGGUCGCUAUCAUGUCAUCCGGAAGUUGGGCUGGGGCCACUUCUCCACCGUCUGGCUGUGCUGGGAUCUGCAGGAGAAGCGCUAUGUGGCCAUCAAGAUUGUAAAGUCGGCGCCGCAUUUUGCCGAGACGGCCAAGGAUGAGAUCAAGAUACUCAGAACGGUGCGCGAGACGGAUCCGUCCAAUCCGCGCCGCCAAAAGACCGUCCAGAUGCUGGAUGACUUCAAGAUUAGUGGGGUAAACGGGACCCACAUUUGCAUGGUGUUCGAAGUGCUGGGCGACAAUCUGCUGAAGCUCAUCCGCAAGUCCAAUUACCGUGGCAUACCACUGGCCAACGUAAAGGCCAUUACGCGCCAAAUACUGGAGGGCCUGGACUACUUGCACACCUGCUGCAAAAUCAUCCACACAGACAUCAAGCCUGAGAACGUGCUGCUAUGCGUGGACGAGCCGCAUGUGCGCUCCAUGGCCACGGAGGCCACCAAGCUGUACUGCAUGAACUCCAAGAUGUACCCGUCGCUGGUCAGUCGGGCGCCCAAGGAGUAUCGCGAGCCGCAGAUCACCGGCAAGAUGAGCAAGAACAAGAAAAAGAAGCUCAAGAAGAAGGCGAAGAAGCGCAUGGAGCUGUUCAAGAAGCAGCGGGACUAUCUCGAGCAGACCGGACAGCCAGCUGCAGACGCAAAUGAUGCUGAGGACCAGGCGGACUGUGUCGUGAACCACAAUGCAAAUUCGGUGCAGAAUGGCGAUGUUGCCAUCUCAGAUGGAGAGGAGGACGUAGACGUGGACGUAAAGCUGGAACAAGAUCCAGAAGAGAACGACGGUGAUGAUGAGGAUGUGGCUGUUGAGCAGCCUGUGGUGCCCAAGCAGGAGACGGAGCAGGAAGAGGAGGCCAUCAGCCACCAGGCACCGGGAGAUAAUUCUGAGAAAGCCAAAAAGAAGAAGAAGCGUAAGAACAAGAACAAAUCCAACCAGCCGCAAUCUCAGCAGCCUCAGCAGCAAUUUGAGAACUCGACGAGCAGCGGCGACAGUAUCAAUGCCGGGAAAAGCGGCGUCCACACCAACGGCAGUAGCAGCAACAGCAACAGCAAUAGCAAUAGCACAGUUAAGGGACAAUCAAAUGGCGCGGCAGACGGCAAGAAGAUGCCGCUUCGACCUAAACAGGAUAAGCAGCAAGAGCAACAAUCGUAUCAGCCGCUGAACAACAACAACUCCAGUUCGAAGCAGACUUCGAACAGUAAUUCAAAAAUCUCAAGCAACUCAAUGUCGAACUCCUCGUCGGCCACCAAUGGACCAUAUUCCGAUCCGGGAGUCCCCCCGGCGCCACCACCGCCGCUGUCAAAGCACAGGCCCAAGCGUGAGCCGGCUCUGGAGGAGUGCAACGUGCAAGUUAAGAUUGCCGAUCUGGGCAAUGCCUGCUGGGUGGAUCGCCACUUCACGGAGGACAUUCAGACGCGGCAGUAUCGAUCACUUGAGGUGAUCCUGGGCUCGGGCUACGACACAUCGGCAGACAUCUGGAGCACUGCCUGCAUGGUCUUCGAGCUGGCCACGGGAGACUAUCUCUUUGAGCCACACUCCGGCGACACGUACUCCCGGGACGAGGAUCACUUGGCCCAUAUCAUAGAGCUUCUCGGCCCCAUACCCCGUCACAUCGUGUUCCGCGGCACCUAUGCCCAGCAGACGUUCAGCCGGAACGGGGAGCUGCGCAACAUAACGGGACUGAAGCCCUGGGGUCUGAUGGAUGUGCUGCUUGAGAAGUACGAGUGGCUGAACAGCGAGGCGGAAUCAUUCGCCUCCUUCCUUAAGCCCAUGCUAGAGUUCGAUCCGGCAAAGCGAGCCACCGCUGCGGAGUGUCUGCAGCAUCCGUGGCUUAGAUAAGAUACGAUGCCACCUGGUUGUUGGUUGCGUGCCACCCAGCCAGCAGCUGAUGGGUCAGGGGCAGUAGGACUAAGAGAGGCAGGAGCAACGUUUGUAGAGUCAUCGGCAUCUGUGGCCACAUUGGCCUCCAUUUCAUCAAUUGCGUCUACAUCGGCUGCAGCUAUGGCAGCGCUCAGAGCUCGUCCCUAUUCGGUAGCACCGUUCAUGGCUGUCUCAGCACCGCCCACACCUCAUCCACAUGCGGCUAAUACAACAUCCACAGUCCGAACAGCGCCAGCCACACCCUUGCGACGGCGCAUCAUCAACGACGACGCCGAGCGGGAUGUUUUAGAGAUGCUUGAUCUAAAUGUUUCCCAGAUGGAGGAGUCACAGCCAUAUCCGAAGUCCAAAUCUCAGCGCAUUUUCUGGCGUAAAGCGUUACGGCGCGUCUUCCAACGCCGCAAGUGACAUCAGCUGCGGCGUCGACGACAGGACUUGCCCCGUUGGCAUCGUCCCGCCCGUCGCUGCCGGCGUCGCAACCUGGCCGAGCGUGUGCGUCGCAUCUGCGCCUGCUGCGCCUACGGCCAGAUUCUGUUGCGGGCCGCCCGCGUUGCCCUACUCAGCUGCAUCCGUUGGCGAACGCGCGGCAACAUACGCAACAGCAACUUCUACUUUAGCAAUCACUAAACACCACAGCCAACAUCAAUCUGCAACCAACAACCAGCAACCAUCAACCAGGAACCACGGAAAGGCGCUAAUAUGCCUGAUCUACACCUGCUCCCACGUGAACCAAUUUGAAUUAUAUCGUUUAAUGUUAAUGAUGAGAUAUCCAUUCGGUUUAGUUUUUAGAUAUGCCAGGUCUUUAUUUAUUUCCUGUGUUUUACAUCGACAAUUAGACUAUUUUCGUUGGUACAUAAGAAAUUAAACACUGUAUUACUACCUAGACCUACACCCACUAAUCCUGUACAUAGGACAGCCGGCACUUUGCCUGGUCGGUGCUCAUGUCCGUGCCCUUACCCGUACCGUGACCCCAUAAUACACCACGCACCAUCCAACUUGUUGACAGAAACCCCCCCACAACAUGAAUCAUUUAAUCGCAAAGGCCCCAAACAACUAUACAAUAUAUAGAUAAAUGUCUAUUUGUUAGUGUACAUUUAGCCAAGAGGCGAAUCGGCAAAUGUAGCACACGAGUAAAUAGCGAACAUAGUUAAUUGAACUAGAGUCCAUUGGUCUGCAGGGGCCGAAUAGGAGUUUUUUUAUUAGCAUAUGUCGAUGGAAAUGUACAUGGGAAAGCAUUCAUAAAUGAGCUGAACAUAACAAUAAUACAAACGUAGCUAAUUGGUUUAUCCUCGGUUGAGAGACCGUCUGAACAAACUGAAAUCAAGCCACGAGUAGUAGAAGAAAAAGCAAACCAGAACUUCAAGAGCACUAGUAGAAGCACUACCAACAAAAAAUUAGGUUACAACAGCCACAAGUGAAUCCAAUCUUACAUCUUAAGCGGAACUAAGUAGUAUGCAAAAGAAUAUCAAUGUAGCUGCCACUAACAAAAUAUUGUUCAACAUUUAAUAAUAGCGCAAGAAACACAAUUAAGAAACACUAAUUAAACAAAAUAUCGGUAGAGAAAUAUUCGAAAAUCUCACAACCAACACACACACAUCCCCACACACACCAUUUUGACACACUUACGAAUACUAAAAAUACUAAAGUCAUGAUAUUUCAAUCACCUCCUCUCCGCAUACACACACACAAAUGCAAAUGUAUCCCAAAAGGCCACUUUAGUUAAGCCUAGAACUGAAAAUGUUUUGGGCAAUAGAUAUGUACGAUAUGCGAUAUGACAUGUGAUGUGAUUGGGUGGGAAAGUUUAUCAGAAAUGCCUAACAGCAGGUCAGCUGGGAGAUUGUUCAAUGUGUCUGUGUGCAUAACUGACUAUUUACUAUAUACAUACGAGUACAUACAUACAUAUAUAUAUAUGGAUAAGUGGCCUUAUUAAUUCGAUUCUCCGCACCACACCCAGGCACCACCUUCACACACACACACACACACACACACGAAUCGCUCUCAAAUGCACACUUAGAUGCUGAUACCGAUUAAACCAAGCCAAUCACAUUUGAAGAUUUCUAAACAGAAAACCUUAUCGCUAAACAGAUUUUCCCCUAAGAAAACUUAAAAAAAAAAGAGAAAAUAUUGUAACUGGAGGCCAGUAAGCUAAUAUCAAGCUAAACUAAACUUAAAGCAAGAGAGAAACGAUCCCUAAUUGUUAGCCACAAUCAAACUACGAUGUCAUCAGAUUAAUCAUUAACGGAAAUUAAAAAAAUAUCUUCGGCUGGCCGAUGUUUCGA